AUGUUGUAUUUGCCAUUUCCCAUAGAGACAAAAUCUUUAAGAGGAUCAGCAUUUUUGGUUUGGCCAAAGAAUGGAGUUGCGCUAACAACUGCGGUGGAACUAGCAGUGGCAACCAUUGAUGCCAUUUCUAGUUCAAGUUUACAGCUGAUCCUUCUCUGCAAUAUGCUGUUAUGGAACUUUGGAGAAGUGGUAUGUGUUUUAGAGGUGAAGGAGACAAAAUCUUCAAGAGGAUCAGCAUUUUUGGUUUGGCCAAAGAAUGGAGUUGCCCUAACAACUGCGGUGGAACUAGCAGUGGCAACCAUUGAUGCCAUUUCUUGUUCAAGUUUACAGCUGAUCCUUCUCUGCAAUAUGCUGUUAUGGAACUUUGGAGAAGUGGUAUGUGUUUUAGAGGUGAAGGGUGAGUUUACGUUAAGAAAGAGAAAAUCAUGA